AUGCCUGGCAGAGCCCCCGACUGGGCUCUCCUUGCCGUUGGUUUCGGCUUCAUUGGGUUUGCCCUGGCCGGUAUCAGCGGCAUUGCCCUCUCCUACCUCAUGGAUUGCUACCGGGAUAUCAUUGGCGAUGCAUUGGUGGGCGUGAUCUUCAUGCGCAACAUCUUCGUGAUCGUGCUCUUUGCGCUCACGCCCUGGGUAGAAGUGCAGUUCCUCGUUCUUCAGUAUCAAGAAUCUCAAUACACGCAGUUAAAGAGGGGAGAGCCGCGCAUGGAACAGACCGCCGCAUAA